UCAUACAUAAAGAUUGCAUGAUUAUUGUUUCAAUCGUAAUCCAAAUUGCAGCUGGCUUUGCCCUUAACUCGUUACGUCAGCGCCUCCCUUCUCCCCCGCCUUGUUGCAGACGGGCUAGUAUCGCUUGGAGGGUUCUGUGCUCAGCUCCGUGCGCUCAGCCAUGCCAAGAUGAAUAUUUCUUACGUUUGUUCUGUGAAGCGUAGUGAUAGUGGCAUCGCUUAAACUGCCUAAGGUGAACAAAGCUCGAGGUUAAAACAAAUUUGUUUUAUUGGAAGAAAGAGUGAUCCCUUUCGUCCACUUUCUGCUGGGAUUUUUAGACACACAAAACCUUUCACCAUUACUUCCCAAAGCAAAGCGGACUUUUUAGGGCUUGCUUCUCGGAUUCUCCAGAGGAAGCGACUCGUUGCUGCUGUAGUGGGCAUCGUCAUGGUGUUGGCUCUUAUUAUAGCAAUACCGCUGUUGGUUCAAACUUCGAAGACGUCGGCUCAUUAUGAAAUGAUGGGCACCUGCCGAAUGAUCUGCGAUCCCUACAACCCGAAACCCAGCGCUACCGCCAUGGAAGUCAUGCAGGACCUUAGUGCCAUCCCGCCUCCACCUUUUGUUCAAGGGACUAGAGGCGAACCGGGAAGACCGGGAAAACCUGGACCGAGAGGUCCGCCGGGUGAACCAGGUCCGCCCGGUCCAAAAGGACCACCGGGAGAUAGGGGGGAGUCUGGGAAGCCUGGCUUUCCCGGGCUGACCUCGGGGACAGCAAGGACCGAAACUGGGGACGUUAGCCCAAUGCUAGGGAGCACAAAGAUCGCUUUUUAUGUCGGUCUCAAGAACCCCCAUGAAGGAUAUGAAGUUCUAAAGUUCGACGAUGUGGUGACGAAUCUGGGGAACCAUUACGACCCGUCAACCGGCAAAUUCACGUGCCAAGUGUCCGGAAUCUAUUUCUUUACCUACCAUGUGCUAAUGAGAGGAGGUGACGGCACGAGCAUGUGGGCAGACCUCUGUAAAAACGGACAGGUCCGUGCAAGCGCUAUUGCUCAGGACGCAGACCAGAACUAUGAUUAUGCGAGCAACAGCGUGGUCCUCCACUUGGACUCUGGCGACGAAAUAUACGUCAAACUGGAUGGCGGAAAAGCUCACGGGGGCAACAACAACAAGUACAGCACAUUUUCUGGUUUCAUUUUGUAUCCUGACUAAACGGACAUACGCACUUGUAUUCCCGGCGCUACCAGUAAAGCAACGGUCCCCGAACAGGGGUACUGCUAUGUUCAUUUUUGUUUUGUUGAGAAGGGACAAACACCGGUCUUUCUUUCCUAUUGAAUAACCGUUAUAAAGAAGAUAUAGCUGUCUGAGGUCAUUUUGUUUGAAUGUGAUCAUGUUUGCUUGGCUAGUCUGUGAUGUAUUUAAUACGUAUAGCCUAAUAUAUGAAUAAAUAUGUGUAUCAAAGAUGAAUAUAAAAAUAAGUUAAAGUAAGAAGAGAAAUGGCAAAAACUGAUGUUUAAUCUUCUUCCACGCAGUAAAAUGCUCAGCGUUAAAUAGCUAUAAACGAGUUUAAAUUAUCCAAUAGGCAUCAGGUGUACGAUCAGAGCAAAAUGUAAGCUGCUCAAUUAAAGUUGAUUCAACACUGAUCGUUUUACUGUACAGGGUCCAAAUGUUAACUAAGCGAUAUGUAAUUUACGUUCUUUUAUUUCAUUAUACGAUGUCCAUAGCAAAU